AUGUAUCCUACCACUACUAGCUGUCUCCUGCUCCUCCUCAGCAUAGGGUUGAUGUCCACCACCAAAGUCCCUGUGUAUGUCGGGGCUCUGUUUAAGGGUGGAAGUCACUGGUUCGCGCCAUACGCCUUAGCGCUGGAAAAACUUUUUGAUUUGGCCUUUGAAGAAAUCAGUAACCGUACGGAUAUUCUGCCAGAUUACGAAUUGAAGCUCAUCACAAAAUUCACCGAGGUUUCACCAGGUUAUUCAGCAAAGAAGAUGUUUGAACUUAUUAACGAAGAACCAACCAAGAUCGCUCUCCUAGGCCCUCUCUUCUCAGAUGAACUGGUUUUGGUAGGGGAGAUAACUCCAUUUUACAACUUAUUACAGAUGAGUUUUGUUGCCGGAACAUCCACUAUUAAGGAUCGCAGGCGUUUCCCGUCCCUGUACAGCACAGUUUUCAUUCAGGACGACCUAAACCCUCUCCGUAUAAGGAUGAUGAAAUACUUUGGAUGGACACGUGUGGCAACUAUUCUGUUUGACAUGGAUUAUUUUGGAUCGCAAAUAGAUGAGUUCCACUCCCUACUACAGACAGAAAACUUUACGCUGCUUACUUCUAGUGUUAUUGUAGAUCUAAGCAGGACCGAAGAACAUAUCAAACGAUUAAAGCAAUACCACUCAAGAGUUAUAUUUGGAGCCUUCAGAUCGACUCAAGCACCAGCAAUUUUCUGUGAGGCUUAUAAGCAAGGUAUGUACGGAAGUAAGUAUGUUUGGAUAUUAUCAGGCACUUCGAUGUACACUUUCUGGACAGAUUCCCGUUUGGACGGUACUGGGACACGAUGUACGAGAGAGCAGAUUCUUGAGGCUGCGAGAGGUUAUAUAACGCUGGACCACGAGUCUAUGGGGGAGGCAGACCAACAAACCAUCAGUGGAAGGAGUGUUGCAGAGUACGACCAAUACAUUCGAACCUACCUGGCACAAUUUCCUACUUACAAAAUAUCCAGGAAGUACACGUUCGCCUAUGACACCGCUUGGGCGAUAGCACUGGCCUUAAACGCCUCCCUUUGUUGUCUAAACGGAUCGACAUUAACUGACUUUAACUAUAAUAAUAGUGAAAUGUUAAGCAACAUUAAGGACAAAAUGGAUCGGAUACAUUUUCAAGGAGUAUCGGGCCCUGUUUCCUUCCAAAACGGCAGACGCAUUGGAUUCUCAUAUAUUCAGUCAAAUGAAGGCUUUGACAGGUCUUCAGUGGCUAAAUUUGAUCCCACGGAUCAGUCUUUAAACUGGACUUUUAACCCCAGUUUACUGUUUCAAGGAGGGAAAGUUCCCAAGGACUCGUUUACCUACACCACUAAAUACUUUACCAUACCUAUGAGUGCCAUGGUCUGUAUGCUUAUCCUGGAUACCAUUGGAUUUCUAAUGGCUGUUGGUUUCCUUACAUUCAAUAUAUAUUUCAGAGAAAAUAGAAACAUUAAGAUGUCAAGUCCCCGUGUAAACAACGUCAUAAUCAUAGGUGCUUUCAUCAUGUAUGCGUCUGUUUGUGUGUCUACGUAUAGUGCCUACAACGCCCCCAACGUCGGCCGCGUCACGUGUAUGGUUGAUACCUGGGUGCACUCAAUAGGCUUUACAACAGUUUUCGGGGCCCUCUUCUCCAAGACUUGGCGAGUACACGUACUCUUUAAGCAGUCGACAGUUAAACGAAAGGCCAUCAAAGACUCUCAGCUCUUUGGUCAGCUGUUCUUGUUGAUUAUCCUUGACCUCAUCCUGCUGACGGCUUGGACAGUCUUCCAUCCGCUGGAACAGGAACAAAUAAAGAUUAAUAGACAGGCCUCCGAUGAUGACGUUGUGCUAUCAGAGGUGUUCACACAAUGCAACCAUCGUUACCUUGUCUACUGGGCGGCUGCAGAGUAUGUCUACAAAGGACUCCUUCUAGUGUUUGGCACAUUCUUAGCCUGGGAGACUCGUGAUAUCCACGUUCCUGUUCUCAACGACUCAAUAUACAUCGGGUUUUGUGUGUACAACAUAGUCGUGGUGUGUGCAAUAGGAGUACCUACCCAUCACAUCCUCACAGUGGAACAGUCACUCAUAAAGUACAUCCUAAGCAACGCCCUCACUAUCUUCUGUACCUCCCUCGUCCUUUGUAUCCUCUUCAUACCAAAGAUUUCUCUGCGGAAUCAGACGGAAAACAUACGAUUUGUGCCGACGCUAAAAGGAAUGUCUGCGGCCGAAUCCUCAUCUACAAAUCGAGUCACACAAUUGACGACACUACAAGGUAACUGGAUGUCUUUUGAUUCCACUAAAGACACAACAAUAGUCAAGAAUAUGACUAUCAACCCAGAGGUGGCAGAGAUCAAGGUAAAAGAAAAACAGAAUAUAAGCACUGUCAAACUUGAGACAUGCUCAUCUGGACUAGCAACUCAAUGUGAGAGCACAACGCCAAUAUCAGCGGAUAGACACCGACUUCGAGGGAGGCGGUGUUCAGCAAAAUGA